CGGCGACGGUGCUGCCGGUCUCGCUAGUAUCGAGCGGCGGACCAAAGCCGCGAUGGCGUCAGGAAGCGCAGGACUGUGAGGCGGCAGAGCGCGAGCUGGCAGGGUGGGGUAGAGCGGCGGAACCGGGUCGCGGACGAACCGAGCUGCCGCCAUGGAGCUGAGAGUUGGGAACCGGUACCGGCUGGGCCGGAAGAUCGGGAGCGGCUCCUUCGGGGACAUCUACCUGGGAACUGAUAUUGCUGCUGGAGAGGAGGUUGCAAUUAAGUUGGAAUGUGUGAAAACCAAACAUCCUCAGCUCCACAUCGAGAGUAAAAUCUACAAAAUGAUGCAGGGUGGAGUGGGUAUUCCCACAAUAAAGUGGUGUGGAGCUGAAGGAGACUACAAUGUAAUGGUGAUGGAGCUGUUGGGACCGAGUCUUGAAGAUCUCUUCAAUUUUUGUUCAAGGAAAUUUAGUCUCAAGACAGUCCUAUUACUUGCUGACCAAAUGAUUAGUCGAAUUGAGUAUAUUCACUCUAAGAACUUCAUCCACCGAGAUGUGAAGCCGGAUAAUUUCUUAAUGGGUCUGGGGAAGAAAGGCAAUCUUGUCUACAUAAUAGACUUUGGAUUAGCGAAGAAGUAUCGAGAUGCUCGAACUCACCAACAUAUUCCAUAUCGUGAAAAUAAAAACUUAACAGGAACUGCUCGUUAUGCAUCCAUCAACACUCAUCUUGGAAUUGAGCAAUCUCGCAGAGAUGACUUGGAGUCCUUGGGCUAUGUUCUGAUGUAUUUUAACCUGGGCUCCCUCCCCUGGCAGGGACUGAAAGCAGCAACAAAGAGGCAGAAAUAUGAACGUAUCAGUGAAAAGAAAAUGUCUACACCCAUUGAGGUUUUGUGUAAAGGAUAUCCUUCUGAAUUUGCCACAUACUUGAAUUUCUGCCGUUCUUUGCGUUUUGAUGACAAACCAGACUAUUCCUAUCUAAGACAAUUAUUUAGGAACCUCUUCCACCGACAAGGGUUCUCCUAUGACUAUGUGUUUGACUGGAACAUGCUGAAAUUUGGCGCAAGCAGAGCAGCUGAAGAUGCUGAACGUGAAAGGCGAGAACGAGAGGAAAGAUUGCGACAUACACGAAAUCCAGCUGUGCGUGGAUUACCCUCCACUGCUUCUGGCAGGCUGAGAGGGACGCAAGAUGUAGCUUCUCCUACUCCUCUUACCCCAACUUCACAUGCUGCCAACACCUCUCCUCGGCCAGUGUCUGGUAUGGAACGAGAAAGGAAAGUGAGUAUGAGAUUGCAUCGUGGUGCCCCAGUCAAUAUCUCAUCAUCUGACUUAACAGGCCGACAAGAUACCUCUCGCAUGUCAACUUCUCAGAAUAGCAUUCCUUUCGAACACCAUGGCAAGUAGCUGCUCGUCUCCUUUCGUUGGAAGGCAGCACUGGAUUCCUGCUCGGGUAACUACCAGUGUUCUCCAGUCUGCUGUGCACCGAUGAAAAUUAUUUUGCCAUGGAGGGCAGAUAAUGCAUGGCUGAUCUCCUAUGUUACCAAUGGCUUUACUAGCAAAAAUACCCUAAACUAGAGCGGAAGCAUUACAAUUGGAGUUCUCCAUGUGACUUAAAAGGCACUUGGAGGAACAUGGACAGACUCCAGCAGCUGCCAUUACAGGACGCUUUUGCCAGAAACCCAGUGACCUUAAGAGAACCCUGUGGUAACAGGGCUGGAAAAGAAAAAUGGUUUACAGAGUUGACCGCCUGUUAUCGGAUGGCCAUUUCAGUUUUCCCUCCACAGGCGGCAGACUUUACCCCCUUUUUAUUAUUCUACUGUAACUAUAAAUCUUUUACUUGGUUUAAGAAAGUUUUUUGUAUCAUUUUGCUAAAAUUAUUGGCUUAAUUCUCUGUAAAGAACUCUUUGCUUUUGUCUGAUUUAAAAAUGUAGUAUAUAAACAAACCUAAACUACAGACAAUGACUCACAAUUUCUUGUUUAAAAAAAUUAGUCUGGCAGGGAACAUGUAAGUGAAUCAAACCCAUCUGACUUUAUUUAAAAAUGUUUACUUAUUUGUAUGGUCCCAUUCUGACUGAGAUGGUUUUCUCAUGAAAUUUUUAAAACUGUUAGAAUUUUACAUUGCUGUUUGCUGUCUUCAUUCACACUUAACAUCUAACUUUCCAUGUAACAAAAAGGAAUUUUUAAUGCUAGUUCUUUUUCAUAAAGGAGGAAAGCUAAAUACCCCGCAGGAAAGUCUAAGUAUAGUAGAGAUGGUGAUAAUGGAUUUCUUUCUUUGUAAAGAAUAUGAGGGUCAAAGUGGAAGACAGGCAUUUGAGGGAUUUAGAAUUUGAAAGAUUGUCCUAUCUUUCUGCUUAGUUUGGGUAAAUGGAUAGUUUAAAACAUCAGUUUUAUUGGUCAAAUUUUGUUGCCUUCACUCUGAGGCUGGUUAGCUUGGAGGGUAUUGCAAGUGGAAAAUACACAUCGCUUCUGAAUCUUCAGUGAAUUUGAAUGUUUCAUUCAGCAUCUACAUGUUUAAAAAUAAAUAAAUAGAUUCAGGCCUUCUGUUUCGUGCCAAGACUCAAAAAAGGAAUUCUUAAAAAACAAAUAACAAACCAACCAAUUCUUGCUGUGAGAAUUUUUACAAUUCGGGGGCAUACCAUAUUUAAUUCUCAACUGUAUUGAACCUGAGUAUGUCCAGAAUCAUUAGCUAGGAACAAACGACUCAACAUGCUUAGGUUGUCCAAAAAACUGUUGCAGGUGCUGCUAACACCUGUUGGUUAUAGAAUGUGGGAGAGUCUUCAUAUUGUUUGUUACUAUAAACUCUCAUAAAAGUAGGUAUGCUGUCCUCAUAGUACGUGGAACAUUAUCAGAAGUACUGUUUAUACUAGUAUGACUGAAAUAAUGGGAAGUUCCAUGUUGGAAAUGAAAAGUAUAUACAGAGAUUUUGUUUGAACAGUUAGCUGUUUUGAGAAAUUCUUGCCUGCUUGAAAACAGAUAUUUUUUUUUUAAAUAAAAAAGGCCUAUUGGUCUUCAGAGUUUUAUGAAGAGUAAUUUUUACUGUUUUGGUGCUUACAAAUUCGGAUUUGCCCCUCUCAAAAGUCCACGUAUUAAGUAUUAGUCGCUCUUCUUUGGAUGCUUUCAGAACAUUAGCUACUUGCUUGUGUGUACUCUGGAUCUUGACUGGGGAAAACCUGUGUUUGGGGAGAGUAUAGUGGAAAAGCUUAAGAGUUUGAUCCAUGGAUAAGUUUGCAUAAGAGAAUUAUUUCCUCAGUUACUAUAAACUUCAGUAUUUUAGGCUUGUGCACUACCAUUUGAACAGUUCUACACUUCACUGUGCUUUCCUUGUAAAUAUCUGUGGUUAAUAAUGUACUGUUAGAGGGACUCACAGAGGCAGCCUCUUAUUCUCUCUGUAUCUGGCACAUUAGAUUGCUGUACUAUACUUAAAAGUUGACUGCAGACUUCUAGAAUUGUACUCACUUGUGGGCAGUUUUGUCCUUCAUAAUAGUUAAAUGCCAUCAUGCAGAAAAUAGACUGUCUGUAUAAACCUGUGUAUUGGAAACCAGUAUUUCAGAGCACUUCAUUUGUAUGAUCACUGUAUUUGUGUACUUUAACAAUUGUGUAAAUACAUUCAUAAUAACUUCUAUUAUUCUUUGGUGUAACUUACUUGCAAUGAAUCCCUACUCUUGAUGUAACUUCUUUCUUUCCUCCUUUUUUUAAAUUUUUUUUUUUUAAAAAGGGGUUUCUGUACCUACAAAGAGUGCUGUCAGUUGCAAACAUUUAUCAUGGUACUAAAAGUUUCACUUAAAGCAUUUUGGUAGUCCUGGUCAGAAUGCAGCAGUUAGGGUAUACAGGAAGAAAGGCUCUCGUGUUGCUCACAGAAAGCAUGUCUUUUUGUCUGUUUAAAGGUAAAUGGUUUUUGUUUGCUAUUGCUUCUUUUCCAGUAGUCUUUUUUACAAAUGCUUUCUCUUACUAAGUAAUACAUUGUACUGAUAGGAAGUAUGGGAAGAAAAUUGUUACUGAGACUUGAUCAGUUACAGGAGCUAGGAUAAAAGCAAGCAAAAUACUGAGCUCUGCCCACAAUGCCUUGUAUAAUAAAAGUCCUGACUUUUGGUAUGUGAUUGUCAAAAGUCUAUUCAUAACCUGAGGGCAAAUAAACUUUCAAGAAUCCUCUGUGUUUCUUAUUAGCAGGCCUUUAAAAGUUGAAAGGAUAUUUAAUUUGUCCUCACAGUUUUCAUUUAGAAGUUGCUCUGUACUUUUAUGUGAAAAAUACCAGCUCUGCUGCUGUUUUACAUCAUUGUGCUGGCUACAGAGUCCCUGAGUUCUUUGUGGUACAAGUACCUUGAAAAUAAUUGACAAUAAAUCCUAUGCUUUAAGAGAAGAUACUAAGUAAAAGCAUUUAAGUAGUCCAUAUAUUCCAUGUCAACUUCAUGAAAGUACUCAAAAUCUCCCUUGGAGGAAGUCAUGUGGAACUUGAAGACCUCUCAUCCUUCAUUCUCCAGUAGGGAAAAAAAUCAUGAGCACAACCAUUUAUUGUCAUCAUUUUCCCACGUUCCAGACCUCUGAGUGGCAGCUCCUCCAUAAAAUCUGUCAAAGGCAACAGUUUCAGAAAUCAAAUUUCCCAACAAGAAUCUUUACAAAGAAUUUACAGAUUUGUAAGCACAUCAUUGGCUAGAGUGUACAUGUUCAUUUCAAGAAUAUUUAUUUUGUCUUUAGAAAAGAAUGAAAUAAAAAGGUAUGUAUUUUGUUCUUUAAAUUUUGCUUUACAAAAGCAGCAUUUCAUGUAUACAAAAUCCUAAGGGAAAACAAACAAUGCUGCUGUUUUUUUAACAGUGCUGAGCUACCUGAUCAGAAAUCUAGAUUUAAUCCAGCUGUGAGGAACUGCAAUCAACCAUGAACUUAAUCCUACAGCAAAGUAGCUUCUAAAAUUCACUGGGUAGGACAGGUUAAUAAUAAAAAGGUUUUGCUGUUAAAGAAUGCAGUACUUCAUUAUUAAAAACAGUACUUUCCUCUGGUUCAUUCAGGUGACAGUUACUGGCAUUACAUAUAUAUGUCUGGAUUUGAGUAUGGACUGUUUGUAUUGUUCAUUGGUUUUGUAUCAGGAGAGUGAUCAGAGGCCUGAUCUUCAGUUAAGAAUCUGUUUCACAACAAAAUCCUAACUUUUAUCAGCAAAUACUUUCACAGGAGUAACACUAUGACUUUUCCUCAGAUAUUGGUGGGUUUUUUCCUGCUUAAUGUUAUUAAGACUAGUAUGCUUCAGUUCUUUUGAUGAAACCAUUGCAUACUGCAGAGGGACAACAGAAAAUUAGAUGAGAUCUGUAUGUACGCAAUCUACAAAAAUACGCAGUCUACGAAAAAAUCCAUCUUUUUUUAAGAUAGUUCUCUUUGUUAAUAUCAUUUUGGGAAAAUUCUUGACUCAAAAUGCAUAGCUAAGAUCUUGGUCUAAGAAAUAUAAGCAUAAUGGACAAAUAGGAAUGUGGAAAAAGAGGAAAUUGUGUCUAUCAUUCUAAAGCGUUAAGCCCUAGUCUACUGUUUGCUGUGACCAGUCCAGGAUACUUGGGGUGGGAUGUGGAACGGAUUAGGAAUUCAUUUGGUACAUAAGAAACUGUCUAGUCCUGAUCUCACAAGUAGACAGAACAUUUAGUUUAAUUACAGUCCUCAUCUUUGUUCAAAGCUGCAAGUGUUACAGGCACAAAGGCAAUGUAGAGCUGCUUGUAUUCCCCAUAAUCCUUAAGGAAAGGAUGUCAGUUAUUCACAGUAUUUUGAGGUUAUGUGCAGAUUUUUUUUUUAGCAGACCCCAAACAGCAAAUGUCUCUCUGCUCUCACGGCUGAGAAAUUUUAAGUUUGUCCGAUGUUGUCAGCCACCGGAUCUUAUGCCUCAUUUUUCAGCAAAACUGAAUCAUAUUUUGCUACUUAAAAAGUGUAAAUACUAAAAUCUAGAUAUGCUUCUUCAUUGGAAUCGGUUUUCUGGUGAAAGGCUUUAAACUGCUGAAACAGUAGUAGAUGAGGAGUCAGAAGAGCAAGAGCUAUCCUCCUUUCUUACUGCUCCGAAGCAUUCACCUAGGGAUAGUGGGGAAAGUUACCAGCUGGAAUGUUGCUGAGAUGAUGAAGCAAGUAUUGAGAUCAGUCAAGGAACAAAGAAUGUAUAAUUAAAGGUAAGUACCUUUUUACUCUGCUUCUGACUUUGCCUGCUUUCUCAGACAAAUGCAGGUCUGCUGAUCUCGCAGGCUGUAUCACUAACAAGAUACUUUCAAGAGCCCUGACUUUUGUAGUAGAUGUGCCUUUUUCCUACCUGCGCAAAGAUGAGCUCUAUUCCAGAAGCAUUGAUAAGGAUGCUAAAAGAAUGUAUUCCAAAGCCAUUACUUCUCAUAUGCAGUGCCUCUGCUAUGGUCAAAGUUGUUUACUCUUCAAAUAUUGGUGGAUCACCUUCCUUCAACAGGUCCAGCAGAAGGGGACGCCAGCUCUGCAACUCAGGUCAUGCCUCUUUUCCCCCACGGCGAAUGGCCCAACUCCUGUCUUUGAGACUCACAGUACCAGAGGCAAUGAUAAACUCUUUGGUUUUCUGUCACAAGGAUGUGCUGACCGCACACUAAUAAAUUCUGUCGUUCAUUCCUGUAGCAGCAUAUCGCUUAAUCUGGCCAACAGGGUAGCAAAGCAUUUGAUUGCGCCUUAAGUCUUACCAAUUUCACCCAAAAAAAGGUGAUCACAUGUUUAUUCACACAGGAGUUUUUAUGUAAACUAGACCUAUGAUCUUUCCAUUGUAAGUAUACAGAGAAUUUUGGAAGCUGAGCUUAGUUAUAUUUCUCCAAGAUUCCUCAGCAGAGAUACAUAGAAUUGGGUAUAAAUAGAUGUGAGCCUUCUAGAUAGCAAAACGUAGCUCGUGUUACACUGAAGAGACUGUAAUUUUGAUUCACUUGCCUAUAGCCUUGAGAUUAUACCUUGAGGAGACAGUCUUCGCUGGGGUACCAUAGGAUCCAAAAAACCUCACCAUGUAUGCAUUCUUAUGCUCUGUUUUCUUAGGAGCUUUCAAGUUCUAAAGAGCAUCACUUGAUGAUCGUUUGCUGGCAGGACAGUACUCAGAAUGCUAAGGACUACAUACAUCAUAGCAAUUCAUAAAACUACCUGCAAACAAAACCUGGAGCACUCUUCAGAGGACAAGAACAAUAAUUUCUACAGGGAGCAUCACAGAAUUAAUAGCUAUUAUUUUAAAAUAGCUCAUGCUUUAAAAUAGUCUUUACAGCAGGAGUCCAUUUCCAUUCUGAAACUGGCCAAACUAUGAGUCAUAGCAAAAGCAGUCGCAUUGCCCACAUUAAAAUCUGUCUGCCUGUCAGCUCGAUGUCACUGGUUGCCGCCUUCUCUGUAAGCACUCUGCUUCUGUACAGCUAUUUGACCAUGUGCAAAUGAAGCUAAAUUUCAAAAUCUGGGUGUUAAAAGCUGUUUUUUCUAAGCUUAUUUUUUCACACCCACAGUUUUUGACAACCAAAUAAAUAUUUAUUCACUACAUUUGCAACAGUUUACUAGAAAAGCAUUAAAAAAAAAAUCUAACUGUACACAUAACAUUAAAGUGCAUAACAGGAAACAAAAAGUCACCCCACUUGCACAAAACAGAAUUGUACUCCCAUAAUCUUGAAGACAAGUGUGGUAGAGAUUAUGUCGGUCUACAGACACAUACAGAAGUCAGUACUUAAGCUGCAACAUGUAAGUUUGUGUUCUGAAAGCCCUCUAGCUAUGAUUGCUUACCAAACUGAAGCUUUUCUUUGGGGCAUAAUGAAGAUUCAUGCAUGAGUGUAUUUUGAAGUUUGCUUGGUUAGGGGAAUGUUUGAAUUUAUUUUUUAGAGAAUGAUUUUACAUUGUUUAACAUGUUUGUUUGGAUAGGAUUUAAUAUUAACAAGCACAAGAUCUGUCCAGUCCUUCACACCUUCCUUACGUCUCAAGUCUCACCUUAAGGGAACUAGCUACUUUAGCAGCAGGUACUGCUGAAGGCUUGCUGUAG